AUGACAGUGGACAGAAAGCCUGCCGUGCUUAUUGUACACGGGUCGUGGCACAGACCAUGUCAUUACGAGUUCCUGACCCGCCAGCUGGAGAAGCUUGGGUUCGAAGCGGUCUGCCCAGCUUUGCCGUCAAUAGGAAAAGACCGGCUCGGCAAGAGCUGGCGCGAUGAUGUUAUGUGCGUCCGAGAGGCUGCGCAGCAACUUUUCGACAGAAAUCAACAGGUAGUCCUGCUUGGACACUCGUACGGGGGCAUACCUGCAUCAGCUGCAACCGAAGGCUUGACGAGACUAGAGAGGGCGGCUGCAGGGCUUCCAGGUGGCUUCUGCCAUGCCAUUUACCUGUCCGCCUUCGCAUUACCGGCUCGCAAUCUGAGCCUCCUUCAAGCCGUGGGCGGCUGCUUCCCAGACUGGAUGGAGUUUGGCGAGGUCGGUAGCGUUUCCAAGGAUCGAUCGACAUUCGUCAAUGAAAAGGCCGCGGAAGUUCUAUACAAUGAUCUGUCCCAUGCACAAAUCAGGUGGGCGCUAGGCGAGCUAGUCCCUCAGUCACAGAGCGCUGUCGAGCACGGGAUCCCAUUUUCGGCAGCGGACGUCGCCACACCCAAGACCUUUAUCAUCUGUGAGAAGGAUCGUGCGAUGACGGUUGAUGUCCAGGAAAUGCUGAUAGCAGCUAUACCUGAGAUGAUGUCGCACAGGAUCGACACGGGCCACAGCCCUUUUCUCAGCAAACCGGAGGAAUUGGCUCAUCUUGUAGCUGACAUUUCGCAGGCUAGUUGGACGUAGGAGGCUGUCGUUGGAUAAAGGACUGUGGGAGAAAGCAGCCUCUGAGGAAACAAGGGCCGGGCCUGAACGUACGGCAAGCACUAUGACAGUCAUGAAUUCAACGCCACUUUACGAGCUGGAGCCAAUGACAU